UCAGAUUUAGCGAUAAUUUAUUGUAUUUUUUGUUACUAACUUAUUGUUUUUGAAUGGACGUUUUAUCUUGAUAACAUCGCGGGGACGAUAUUAUUUAUAAUUCAGUGCUUUUAUGUACCAUGUUAGAUGUCAGAAGGUGUUUAAGUGGUGUAUAACGUGCUUGUGACUGCUUCAUAAUUGUAUGCAAAAAGGAGUAAAUAGAAUCGGUGGCGAGGCAUGCGUGAAUUGCGCGAGGCGUCAACUUGAUACAGUCGCGCGAUGUUGUCAUGGCGCCUGCUGGUACUGGUGCAGGUGUGCGCGAGCGUGCCGGAGCUGUACCACAACCAGUUCGCCGUCCACGUGCCGGGAGGUGAUCACCACGUGGAGGAUAUAGCGAGGAGGCACGGCUUUGAGAAUCACGGACAGAUCGGGUCGUUGAAGGGAUAUUACCUGUUGUCUCACCACGAGGUGCGGAAGAGGUCGACAGAACCCAGUCAUGAUCAUCACGAGAAGCUCAACAAUGAGCCUCAGGUCAGAUGGUUUGAGCAGCAGAGAGAGAGGCGUAGGGUGAAGCGAGACUACAACCCGUACGAAGCGCCUCUCUGGUCGCCGUUCCCAAGACGCCAACACCAGGCGUCCGCAACACAUAGGACCAGGCAUCGGGCUAUAACUCCAUCCUCCUUCUUCCCAGAUCCGUUGUUCAAGGAGCAAUGGUAUUUGGUGAGUAGAAACGGUGGUGCAAAGGAUGGCUUAGACAUGAAUGUGGCACCAGCGUGGCAAAAGGGAUAUACGGGAAAAAAUGUUGUGGUAUCGAUUCUUGAUGACGGAAUCCAAACUAAUCAUCCAGAUCUCGCCCAAAAUUACGACCCACUUGCUUCCACGGACAUUAACGGUAAUGACGACGAUCCGAUGCCUCAAGAUAAUGGUGACAAUAAACAUGGAACGAGAUGCGCCGGAGAAGUAGCUGCAGUGGCAUAUAACCAGUAUUGCGGUGUGGGUAUAGCGUAUAAUGCCAGUGUUGGAGGCGUCAGAAUGUUAGACGGUGUUGUAAAUGACGCAGUAGAAGCUAGGGCUUUAGGUCUUAAUCCAGAUCAUAUUGACAUAUACAGUGCCUCUUGGGGACCUGAAGAUGAUGGGAAGACUGUUGAUGGUCCUGGACCAUUAGCCAGAAGGGCAUUUAUUUAUGGCGUAACCAGUGGCAGACGUGGUAAAGGAAGCAUAUUCGUAUGGGCAUCAGGAAAUGGUGGUAGACACACAGAUUCAUGCAACUGUGAUGGUUAUACCAACAGCAUAUUCACAUUAUCGAUAUCAAGUGCGACCCAAGGUGGUUAUAAACCUUGGUACUUAGAAGAAUGUUCUUCAACACUAGCCUCGACGUACAGUUCGGGCACGCCUGGCCAUGAUAAAAGUGUUGCUACCGUAGACAUGGACGGACGGUUGAGGCCUGAUCAUAUUUGUACUGUCGAACAUACUGGGACAUCGGCUUCUGCUCCACUAGCUGCAGGUAUCUGUGCACUUGCCUUGGAAGCUAAUCCGGAGCUUACUUGGAGAGAUAUGCAAUAUUUAGUAGUUAUGACGUCACGACCUCAACCUCUAGAAAAAGAAUCCGGUUGGAUUGUAAAUGGAGUGAAGAGAAAAGUAAGUCACAAAUUCGGUUACGGCUUAAUGGACGCCUCGGAGAUGGUAAAUCUUGCUGAGCAGUGGAUUUCGGUACCGCCUCAACAUAUAUGCAAGUCCCAGGAAAUAAACGAGGACAAGGCUAUCGAAUCUUCGUAUGGAUACACAUUAAAUGCGCAUAUGGAUGUGACUGGAUGCAGCGGAACAGUGAACGAAGUCCGUUAUCUCGAGCACGUACAAUGUAAAAUUACAUUGAGGUUUUAUCCAAGAGGGAACUUGCGCAUUUUGCUGACUUCCCCCAUGGGGACUACGUCCACGUUGCUUUUCGAGAGACCACGCGAUGUAAUUAGCUCUAAUUUCGAUGACUGGCCAUUCUUGAGUGUGCACUUCUGGGGAGAACGUGCGGAGGGUCGAUGGACCCUACAAAUUGUAAAUGCCGGUAACAGAAAUGUUAAUCAGCCUGGUAUUUUGAAGAAAUGGCAGCUAAUAUUUUACGGAACCGCUACCGAUCCGGUUAGAUUAAGAACAAAGAGGCCACAUUUGGCGCCACAGUAUGCUUUCCCCACCGGCGCCGACACUUACGAUAAUUCCGGUGACCCUUUUUACAACACUGACGCGUUUAACAAUUACCAGAACUUUCCAUCCCUAUUCGCUGCCGGGUCCGACCCCGAAAAGGCAGUAGCUAGUCUCGAUGGGCAGACGAUCCCUUCGCAUGGGGAGACCGCCCACUCUGAUAGUAAUGAUAAACGCGUCAUGUAUGACUGUGAUUCCGAAUGCGAUUCCCAAGGCUGCUAUGGAAAAGGACCUUCGCAAUGUGUCGCUUGUAAACAGUAUAAACUAGACGACACGUGUGUAUCCCGCUGUCCCCCGAGAAGUUAUGCUAACAAAGGUGGAGUCUGUUUACCGUGCCAUGAGUCAUGCGAAACUUGUGUGGGGCCAGGUCAGGAGUCAUGUUUGACUUGCGCCAUUGCUCAUUUCCUCGUGGAAGAUUUGGCCGUGUGUAUGCAACAGUGUCCCGAUGGAUAUUGGGCCGACAACGAUGCAGCAGUAUGUAGACCGUGUGCCUCACAUUGCUCCACAUGCUCCGAGCGAGCAAAUGUGUGCACGUCGUGUGAACAUCAUCUAGUCCUUUACAACGGUACCUGUACCGCAUCAUGUCCACCUUCGACCUAUGAGACUGAAGACUACAACUGUGGCAAAUGUCACGAGUCCUGUGAUACAUGCACAGGGCCUAAAGAUUCACAGUGUGUUAGUUGCCACGCUACCUAUUAUCUGUUAGAUGGAAAAUGUUUGAAUGUAUGUCCCAGUGGAUACUAUGCUGACAAAAAGAGAAAAGAAUGCAUGAAAUGCCCCGUUGGUUGCGAGACGUGUUUGAGCGGAUUGUGCUCAUCCUGUAAGCCCAACUGGGAUUUAAACAAAAAAGGCAAAUGUAUCCAACGCAACAGCGAUCGCUGCAGUGCCAAAGAAUACUCUGACGGCACCAAGUGUCAUGGAUGCCAUGAAAAGUGUGAGUCCUGCUAUGGUGAUGACGAUGAGAAGUGCCUUACAUGUCCAGCGACGAAUCUGAUUGAAGAUCAUAGAUGUGUGAACCAAUGUAGCGAUGGUUACUACACGGAGUCGGGUAGAUGCGUGCGUUGUUUGAGCGGGUGUGCCGAUUGCGUGUCCCGACUGAACUGUACAUCGUGUGUCGGAGCCCUGAAGCUUCAAUCCGGAGCUUGUAGGACUACUUGUGCUGACGGCUACUACGCGGAUCGCGGCACCUGUUCGAAAUGCUACCUCUCGUGUCGGACGUGUAUCGGUCCCGGUCGUGCCCAGUGCGCCUCCUGCCCGUCGGGAUGGAAGCUGGCGGCGGGCGAGUGCCAUCCGGAGUGUCCUCAAGGUUUCUACCAAAGCGGCGACGGAUGCCGCCACUGCCACCACUACUGCCGCGAGUGCGAUGGCUCCGGCCCGCUCCAGUGCAAGUCCUGCCCGCCCCGCUUUAUGCUCGACGGCGGGAUUUGUAUGGAGUGCGUCGGCUCGCAGUACUACGAGGCCAGCAAUGGAACGUGCAAGGCCUGCCAUGAUACGUGUCGAACGUGCUCGGGCCCGGGCGAGUUCAGCUGUACAGGGUGUUCUAGGCCUUUGAGAUUAGAUAGGUUAAACAAUCAGUGUGUCCGCUGCUGUUCGGAGAGUACAAAAUCUUCUGACUGUUGCCAUUGUCAUCCUGAGACUGGUGAGUGUAUAAACUCAUCGGCUGAGAAGCGGCGCAUCGCGGAGUGGGGCGCGCUACACACCGCCGAGGGGGAUCGCGAGCUCGGCGCCUCGUCGCUCGCGCUCGCUGCGGUCGCGACGGUCGCUGCGGUCGCGCUCGUUGUUAUAGUCGUAACACAGAUACGCAAAACGCGCUCGUCCAACGUUCGCGUGCAUGGCGCGGUGUAUUCGCCGCUCGCGUGCAACGACGACGGAGACGCGCUCCUCAAACACACGGCGUUCCCCGUGUGCGAGCGAGACGGCGAACACGCUCGCGAGAGGGACGGCGAACAUGUUCGCGAGCGCGCCUGCGAACACGAGGACGAGCCGCUCCUAGAACAUUCCGCGUAACUCGCGCUGUGAUUCUAGAUGUAAGUGAUCAAAUAAGAUAGUAGUGAAUAUAGGCUUGUGGCCGGUUUGUGAUGUUUUUUGACGGGAGUUUAUCUACUGAAUAGUAUUGAUAAUUUGUUAAUAUUAAAACGUCAACUAAAAUCACUGUAGAGUAAAUAAACUUUUGUCAAGAAGCCCCCGAAAUCGGGCAUUAGACAUCGCUUAUUAUGAUGACGAAAUUAGAAAUUUAAAAAAGUGGGAGGGUAGGUUUCGAAUUUUGUCAUCAUGAUCGGCAAAGACAUAGCCUGGAGUCCAAUUUGAUGCAAUACAAAUAUAGAAAUGCUCCAGUAAGCUGUUGAAAUUUGUAAAUUGGUAGUAUGUUUGACAUUAUAGACAAAGAGCUAGCGACUUGUUUUCAGAGGCUAAGCAUGUAACAUAUAAAUUGUACUAAAACGUGUCAUAGUUAUUUUUAUGAAAAUAGUCAUAAUGUUUAAAACAUUGCUCCCUCUAACCAAUAAUCCGAUUAAGAUAACAAAUUAUUUUUAUAAGCCCACUUUUAGUUUUUGGCCAUAAAAGGACCAUUCUGUGACCACUGUAAAUAAAAGUAGAAAAUAUAAUAAAUCUUUAGAAAUAAGGUAAACUUGCUCACUUUGUUAUUUCGACAAACAUUUAAAAUUGCACAGAAAAUAAUCUUGUUUGGUCUUGAAAUUGUGCACUUAAAAAAUCUUAUUUAAACAUUAACUUCGGUGGGGCUAUUCACAAUUGCCGUUUGAAUUAGAUUCGAAAAUUUACCGCGCGUUUUUUAGUCUAUUGGUCGACUUGGCGUGCGUUUAUUGAUCAACGCGUAGCGCGGCGUUCGUUUAUUGGUCAACUUUAAACACGCCUUGCGCGUAUUGGUCAACGCUAAACUCCGCUUGCACUUAUUGGUCAACACUUUGCGUGUGCGUUUAUUGGCUGCCAACCAUUGUAUUUGGCGAAUCGGAAUCGAAUUGUGAAUCCUCCACUCUAGAUUAACAAAACCAUAGUUCCUAAAACUAAACACUAACCAGCUUUUUGUCUAUUUUUGUUGGUGAGUUAUGACGAGGGUUAAUUUUACGUCUCUCGUUAUUUUGUUAUUACUCCGCCCAUCGGGAGAAAUCUGCGUGAUUUGGGGAUGUUACGGAGUUUAUCUCACAAAUAGCCCGAGGCUCGAAUAAAGCCCGUUUACAUUUCGUUAAUCAGUGUAAUGUCUUGCUAUUCAUUGUGAUGCUAGAAAAUACAUACAUUUUGCUUGACAAAACCUCUUGUUGAUUUGUUUGAUUGUUGAUUUCGAUUUUUGUUUGCGCCAAGGUUUGGUGCCAGGAAAUGUUUUUUUUUUUAAUUUGACUAUAAUUGGCAAAGUAUUAUCACACCGAGCUCUUUCAAAACUGAACUAGUAAGGGCCCUUCCACACGACGUUUUUUUUGUUUCGUUUUCGCGAACAUAGCUUUGAACAUAGCGGGGAACGACGGGAUGAGGGGCGCGCGCCCCGUAUCUCCCACUGCGAUAUAAACGCGAUACGUCCUAGUUGCGUUCGAAAAACGUGCGUUUGUAUCGAUACAAAAAUAAGGAUCGUGUGUAGAGGUUAAAACGUGUCGGCUUCCUUGCGUUUGCUGAGCGUUUAACUUGCGCUUGUAUCGAUACAAACGUGCGUAAAAAAAACUUCGUGUGGAAGAGCCCUAAGUGUACAACACACGAGCGAAGCGAACAUUAGCUAAUAAAUUGUUCGCGAACAUAACGUCAAACAUUUUUUCUCCUCUGUCUGCCUAGUGUCUCAAUCAAUCCUAUUCUCAGUGUUUUAUCUUUUCUCAGUCUGAAACGCUCUUAGCUAACUGUUCUGUCACUUUGGUAUAGGUCCUAAAUAUUUGAUGGACUACACUUAGAAUAUUGUUCAAUCCGAAAUACGCCGAUCCCCUAGAGAAUAAAGCUAAUCUCGUCUUUGGAAAUUGUUUCUGUGCCGUAUUAGGAUUCUCUACCCAGUAAAUUCCAAGUCAAAUAGCUUUUUAACCGACUGCGGAGGAAGAUGGGUAACGAUUUUGUCUUUGUAUAGUGUAUAAUGAUAUAUUUGUUUGUACGUUGUGUCUAAACUGUUUAUGUGGUUUUUAUUAAUGAGGUCCCAAUUAUUAUUUUUAAUGUUCCGGGUAAAUUAAACUAAAUAACUGUUGUAGUCUCGUUUAUAAUUUUCAACUUAUAUUUUCAUUUGAAAAUCUUAGAUAUUUUUAUAUUCCUUGCUGGAGCCACAGAAGAGUUCCGAAAGUGUAAAUCUCUAGCCAGUUUUAAGAUAAAAUAUAAUAUUUUCAUAAUGUUGACUCAGUAAUUACUUGAACAUUCAAUGUAAGUACUAAGGCAACGAAAUCUAUAUUUGGGUUAACUCUCCAAAUGUGGCCGUCUUCCCCCACAGUCAACAGUCAAACAUUCCCAACUAGUUGGGUUCAGUUUGCUCAGUGAUCAAUACUAACAUAUUGUGUAUGACCUCAUACGGAAUAUUCGUAAUAAUACCCUUUACAAACCUUGUAAUACUUUAAAGCCACCCCUAUACCCCCUUUCAUUACGUAAAAUAUUAAAUCAAUAGAGCCUUAAACUACCCAAUACAUUUUCCCAUGGUUUAAAAAUGUCUAGACUCUAGGGCGUUUUUUUUUGCCCAUAAAAUACAUUUUUUGU